AAUAAUCGCAGGACUAAAACCCUAAACCCUUUCAUCACUGAAAGGAAGAGAGACACAAACCACCGCAUUCAUGGCCAACACAAACAACGCCGGCGCCGAAGCCCUACGCCGUCUGAAAGAAGUAGAUCCACCGUCAUUGCUCGCACCCAAUCCAACCCUAUCGGAAACCGCCCGUGCUGCAUCGCAGUACCUAUUCUCUUCCAUCAGACCCUUCUCCCAAAAAUGUCCAUUAGAUCAACUCCUAGUCGACGGUUACGAUGCUGAGCAGAUUUGGCAUCAAAUUGACCUCCAAACUCAGCCUCUCUUGUCCACUCUUCGCCGCCGGGUGAAUCAGUUUGUCAAAAAUCCUGAUGAGAUUGCGCAGCUGAAGGUUCCUUCGAGUGUUGCAAAGAAGGUGGAAGCAAAGAAUCAUGAGGAGUGGGAACAGGAAAGUGAUGAUUUUGAUGAGGAAUUGGAUGAAGAUGACGACGAUGAGGAUGAUUUUGAAGGAGUAGAAAAGGAGGAGAAAAAUGGAGGAAGUGAUGGAGAAGAAGAGGAUGAUGAUGAUGAUGAUGAUGAAGAAGGGAGCGAGGACGAGGAUGAAGACGAGGAGGGUGAAAAAGAGAAAGGUAAAGGUAAAGAUAGUGGCAUUGAAGAUAAAUUUUUGAAAAUAAAUGAAUUGAAUGAGUAUUUAGAGAAGGAGGAAAAUAAUUAUGAGAAUGCUGAGGAGGCAGAUGACGGCGAUGAAGACAGUGAAGAAGAUGAUGAACUCGAAAAGGCUGGUGAGUUUGAGAUGGAUGAGGAUGACGAGGAUGAUGAUGAAGAAGAAGAUGAAGACGAUGAAGAAGAAGAAGAGGGCAUGGAAAAUGCAAGGUAUGAUGAUUUCUUUGUAGGUAAAAAAGAAAAGAGCUCAAAAAGAAAAGAUCAAUUGGUUGAGGAAUCUGAAGAUUCCGGUGAUGAAGAUGACAUGGAAUCCAACAAACAGGUCUGUGUGUGUGUGUGUGUUUAUGUGUGUGUGUGUAUGAUUGUAAAGAUAUUUAUUUUAAAAAUUAAAUUUUCAUAUCCUGUUUUUUUGUACUCAUUUAUGCAGAAGAAAAGGACUGCUUCUACCCAUGAAAAGCAGCUGGAAAAAAUUCAAUCAGAGAUAGAGCUGAUGGAAAAAGCUAAUGUAGAGCCAAAAACUUGGUCUAUGCAGGGUGAGGUAACUGCUGCAAACAGACCCGUUGAUAGUCUAUUGGCAGUGAAUCUUGAUUUUGAGCAUAAUGUGAGACCUACUCCUGUAAUCACUGAGGAGUUUACAGCUUCAAUUGAGGAAAUGAUCCAGAAAAGGAUUAUUGAGGGGCUUUUUAACGAUGUUCAAAGAGCUCCUAGAUUGCCAUCGAAAGCGCCUCGGGAAGUUAAAGAAUUGGAUGAUAAUAAAAGCAAGAAGGGUCUUGCAGAAAUGUAUGAGCAAGAAUAUGUUCAGAAGAUUGACCCAACAUCUGCUCCAUUGUCAUCCAAAGAUAAACUAAAAAAUGAGGCAAGCAUGCUGUUUAAGAGACUCUGUCUGAAGCUGGAUGCCCUUUCUCAUUUUAGCUUUGCUCCAAAACCUGUUAUAGAGGACAUGUCCUUCCAAACAAAUGUACCUGCUCUGGCAAUGGAAGAAAUUGCUCCUGUGGCUGUUUCAGAUGCUGCUAUGCUGGCUCCUGAGGAGGUCUUUGAUGGGAAGGGUGAUGUUAAGGAAGAAGCAGAACUUACACAGGCAGAAAGGAAAAGGAGGAGAGCUAAUAAGAAAAGAAAAUUUAAAGCGGACGCAGUAAAAAGGUCAGAAAAAAAGGCAAGGUCGGAAAAGAAGGAAGACAAUGCAAUUCCUGGCCAAGUUAAUGGCUAAGACCCCAUGUCAUAUUUCACAAGAGUACUUACAGAAGCUGCAUAGCUAACAGCAUGAAGUUCACGGGCAUCCCGUGGCCAAAAAAGUAAAAUAGAAAGGGAGGAUUUUUGGAAGUACCAUGAUAAACUAGUGGCAAAUGAGAGUAAUUCGAAUGCUCGAUAUGGUUGGCUGUUUCCAUUCCUAUAAUUUUGAAUUAAUAUCAGAAUAUUGGUAGGAAAUUUAAUGUUUAUUUAUAUUUACUGCCACCCAAGGUUACAAGUUUAUAGCAGCUGUGGUAUUUACUCUGCAAUUUUGUAUUCUUUAAUUUUAUUCACAGCUGAUAUGUUGUAUUAUUCAUCGAAGAUAUAGAGCAUUGUUGGAAUCUUUUUCUUUUGUUGCUUACUGAUUUCUUAAGUGUUAUAUAUUGACAUUUUUUUUGUGGGUU